CUGACAAACCGAAAAGGCAACACCCGAUGAAAGCCAAAGCUCUUUGUGUAAAACCUGUAUGCUUUUACACCAUAAUAAUAAACAGCAGAAUACGCGGCUUUAGUGUUGACAUGCAGCAGUUUAUAACGCACCAUGACCGCCUGUGAGGAAGACGACGCUGUCCGCAAUUUGGUCAAAGAUGAGCAGCUCCAGUAAAAGAGAGAGGGAGCAGAAGAGGAAACUGCAUCACUUCCUGAGUGACCUGGCUCUGCUUGGAUCCUUACAGGGUUUUAAAUACUUCCAGCCAUGGCUCAGAGGGAAAGAGGAGUUGCUGCUGACAGUUGUUAAUGAGGAUCUGGGUUUGCGUUCCCCAGGCUUUAUGGUGUCCAGAGCCUCCUCCUACUCUUCCGCCAGCAGCUGUAACAGCAGUGAUGUCUCUCCCAGCAGCAGCUCUCCCAGUCUGGCCAGCCGUAGCAGCUCCCCCCUGCCUGGGGAGCCUCUGGGCCCACGAGUCUCCCAGUCGCAUACCAAGACUCAACCACAGACUGCCAGGGAGCCCUGCAUUGAGGAGCAUCUUCUCCCAGCUUCUCCCAGUGAAAGAGAGAUAGCAGUACCUGAGGUGAACUGCACUCUGUUUUUAUUGGCCGGUUACGUCAAAUACGGACGCCCCUACGCGUGGAUACGCUCCAAUCACGAGCGCCUGGUCAACAUCGGCGGCACAGAUUCGAUGGUCAAAGACACGCCCAUGAAACUCAAGUCCAUUGCAGACUGGCAGACGCGAGCAAUUCGUGUGUGGGAUGUUGUUAGUGAGCUUGUGUGUCUGUGCACCGUUCCCUCUCCAUCCAACCCAUUUGCCCUGGACAUGCGUUACAUCAAAAGCCUUCCUCUCGCUGAUCGCUUUCUCGUCACGGGAGCUCUCCUUAACUUCCUGGAGAUGUACGUGGUUUAUGGCAACCGGGAUGAGUUGCACUAUGAUAAAGUGGUGGAGGAGGUGAAGCCUCUGAGGCGCCUUCACGUCGAAUCCCUGCUCGAGUUGCAGCGGCUUAGAGAGAGCUCCAGCAGCGCAGCAGUGCAGGGCUCUUCUGCAGAGGAGUGACUAAUUGAUUAUAAUUGUUUGUAUACACUGUGAGCCACAUCAAGAUAAAAUCCCCAAGGUGACCUUUUACUACUGUAGGGGGAAAAAAAGAAACAGCAAAUAGGUCUAAAGGGAACCUUUGAUGCUUAUAUUUACUCAUACGCUGUUACAGUGGUGGUUCCUCAUGUUGGCCAAUCAUGGCCAACGUUUCAGAGGACACCAGUUUAUGGACAAGUAAUCCCAGUGAGCACUCUGAGCUUUUGCCUCAAAGUGCUUGGCGCUUCUAUUUGCAAGGGGCAGCCAAUCAGAAGGCUUAAAGAGGGAAGAGCUGCUUGUUUCAUAUAGAGGAUGAGCUGAGGGACUGCGCCAAGCUGUGAAUCAUGUAGGUACGCCAAGAAAAUAGGGAGCCUGAAAUGACCAGGAAGACUUACUCUAGGGUUCCAAUCAUUUGUGUUUUGUUAUAGUAAAACCAGGCUUGUGUGAAUAGAGUUCCUGACAUCACCUGUGUGUGGCAGUAACCCAUCCAGCUGGAGCUGCGUCAUCUUUGCUCACGUGUCAGACUUUAAAAAUGUGCAAACACUGGAGAAAUAACCCUGGGAAAUGAGUAACAUGACUGAGA